CACAGGCAGAGAUGUCCAGAGAGAGAGAAGAGAGUAAGAGAACCUGAUAUUUAAGGGGAAGUAAAGAACAAGUAAGAAUUUCCCCAACUGGGUGCUAUAUAGCCAAGCAUAUGUGUGAGCAGAAAGAAAAAGACUAAAUAUUAAGGAGAUUGAGACCCCAUCAAGGAUAUCAGAGUUCAUAAUGCCUUUCCUAUCUCUAACAUGGCUUCUGCUGGUGAGUUUAAAGUGCCCUAUGCUGGGGCAGAGUUGUGACAUGCCAGAGGGAGAUCGCCAGCUUCUUCUGGCCAAGGUAAAGGAACAAAUUAUAGAAGCACUUGGGUCACCUCCACCUCUGUCCAAUGAUUCCUCCCCAACACUAUCUGCCAAUAUCCAGGGGCCAGUGCAGAGAAUGCUACACAAGAGACACAGCAAGAGCCACCAGGACAAAGUGGAGGAUGUCUCGCAGGUUAUUCUCUUCCCUUCCUCAUUCAGCUUCGGACCUGCCCAUAAGG